CUAAAGGGAGUGAUGCCCAUUUUGCCCAGGGCCAUUUGCAGUGCUGUUUGCUCCAGGUUUGCUAACGGACCCAUUUCCGUCGAGCUCCGGACCCUACUUCCCCGAGGCGAUGGCUCGCUCUGCUCUGCUGGAUCCGAGAGUGGGCUCUGUGAUUACCGCCCAGAAAGAGCGAGGGCGAGAGCUAAAGGCCAAGGAGAAGGCUGUGCAACCCAAACGGGCAGUGAAGUCUGGAGCGCCCGACCAGACCUGCAGCUUGACAGCCCCAACUGUCACUUCCAGGCUGCACUGUCUCACCGCGGGUCUGGAGUUUCAUCCCGACAAAACCUGGGAAAAGUGUUCCUCGAAGCAGUAGCGUCUUUCUGCCUCGCCUAUUCGCGGCUAACGCGGGUCCCGGCUCCGGUCCAGGCGCAAGCUGCCAGGGGCGAGGGUUGGAAGCCCCUCUGCGCCGGGCGUGGGGACCCCGGAGCCGGACGCGGGGCGUGGGGCGCGGGGCGGCUCCCGCGCCGGCACAUGGCUGCAGCCGCCCCGCGCGCACCCCGGGGCUCCGCGCCCAGCUCGCCGAAGGUCCGUCCACUGCGUCCCGCCGCCCCGGAGCCAGGCAGCGGCUGAGCGGGGAGGCGCCCGCGCCCGGGGAUCGGGAUGACCCUCCUCGUCCUGCUCGGGCUAGUUUCCUACUAUGUCGGAACCUUGGGGACUCACACUGAGAUCAAGAGAGUGGCAGAGGAAAAGGUCACUUUGCCCUGUCACCAUCAACUGGGGCUCCCAGAGAAAGAUACCCUGGACAUCGAAUGGCUGCUCACUGAUCAUGAAGGGAACCAAAAAGUGGUGAUCACCUACUCCAGCCGUCAUGUCUACAGUAACUUCACUGAGGAACAGAAGGGCCGAGUGGCCUUUGCCUCCAAUUUCCUGGCAGGAGAUGCUUCCCUGCAAAUUGAGCCUCUGAAGCCCAGUGAUGAGGGCCGGUACACCUGCAAGGUGAAGAAUUCAGGGCGCUAUGUGUGGAGUCAUGUCACCUUGAAAGUCUUAGUGAGACCAUCAAAGCCCAAGUGUGAAUUGGAGGGAGAGCUGACAGAAGGAAGUGACCUGACCUUGCAGUGUGAGUCAUCCUCUGGCACAAAGCCCAUUGUGUAUUACUGGCAGCGAAUCCGGGAAAAGGAGGGAGAAGAUGAGCAUCUGCCUCCCAAAUCAAGGAUUGACUACAACCACCCUGGACGAGUGCUGCUGCAGAAUCUCACCAUGUCUUCCUCCGGGCUCUACCAGUGCACAGCGGGCAAUGAGGCUGGGAAGGAGAGCUGUGUGGUGCGAGUGACUGUACAGUUUUCUGAGAAAACAGAUGUACAAAGCAUCGGCAUGGUUGCAGGAGCAGCAACAGGUAUGGUGGCUGGAGCCCUGCUGAUUUUCCUUGUGGUGUGGCUGCUAAUCCGAAGGAAAGACAAAGCAAGAUAUGAAGAAGAAGAGAGACCAAAUGAAAUUCGAGAAGAUGCUGAAGCCCCGAAAGCCCGCCUCGUGAAACCAAGUUCCUCUUCCUCAGGCUCUCGGAGCUCUCGCUCUGGCUCCUCCUCCACUCGCUCCACGGCGAACAGUGCCUCCCGCAGCCAUCGGACACUGUCCACGGAAGCUCCCCGGCCAGGGCUGGCCACCCACGCAUACAGCCUUGUGGGGCCAGACGUGAGAAGUUCCGAACUGAAGAAAGCCCACCAUGCUGCCCCGACCAGAGCAGAAACCACCCCCAGCACGACCCCCAGCCAGAGCAGAGCCUUCCAAACUGUCUGAGUUAGAGUGGACCUGACACCCAUCCUUUCCCGGGAGUCAGGAUCUUAGGACUCUUCUAGUCAUUAAAGCUCAGUCACCAGCCACACAACCCCCUUGAACCAAAUGAGUGGUCAUUUAAGUAGCAUCGACCACUGUAUGGAACAGACUCACAGGAACACCUUCCUUAUGACACCAAAAAGGAAAAGGAUGUAAGCUGAUCAUCUCCAAAAAGGCAUCUCACUGUGCCUUCAGACCAGACUCGGGGGAAGGUAGGGGCCCAAAGCUGUGUAUUUGGGAACCAGGACCUAUGGUGAGAACAGUUGGGGAAAGGGGAAGUGAACACAAUUAGAACUUCUCACUUGGGAUGUUUUGUAUCAACACUUUAAAUUCAUCAUUGUCAAGAAGAAAUAUGGUGUUGUUCAUAAUGUUUCUAUGCAUUUCUGCAAACCUACUGGAUUAUUAUGAUUAUUCAGAGUCAAGCAGAACCCACAGCCUUAUAUUACACCUAUCUGCACCAUGAGAGACUCUAAAAAGGGAAGUAUGUCUCUUCUAUCCUGAUUUGACUUCAUUUAUCAUAAAGUUUGGAUAUUAAUUUCAAGAGAAGUUGAAAUAGUGGGAGAUGGAGAAGAAUGAUUGUUUUUCCCACUCUAUCCAUUGCUAAUCUUCCUCAUACCAAACCAUAAAAGAACUGAAAAAGGAAGUCCAAAAUAUGUAACUAAUGACUGAAAAACUUUCCAUCAUAAUUAUGUUCAGAGGGUCAUUGACAGAUACCAGCAAUAUAUACUGGAGCAACUGUGGAUUCUCCCUCAAAUCAAAGGUCUCUAAGGACUUUCCUGCUGGCUAUCUCUGGAGCAAAAAAAAAAAAACCAUCCCUCCGGAUCACUUAAGCAUGUCCUUAGAAUGAAGUCUAGAAAGAUCUUUUAAGGAUGCUACAAGAUCAUCUGACAUACUGCUACAGUCUCUUCUUUCUGAGAACAUAUGAAAUGAGAAUUUCAAGACUGACUGGAGAUUAGAUCAAUUUUUUUUUAAAUGUGACAAGGAGUGGCAUCAUAAGUUCAGAACUUCACCAAACUUGGAGCUUCUUUCACGUCUUUCACUUUAGGAGGAUGUGAACCUGGGACUUUUGUUGAUUCUAGGCCAUAAAUUAUCAAAAAGAUCAGGGACUGUAGUUCCCAUAGUGGCUCAGUGGUUAACGAAUCCGACUAGGAACCAUGAGGUUGCUGGUUCGAUCCCUGGCCUUGCUCAGUGGGUUAAGGAUCUGGCAUUGCCGUGAGCUGUGGUGUAGGUUACAGACACGGCUCAGAUCCCGCAUUGCUGUCUCUGGCGUAGGCCGGUGGCAACAGCUCCGAUUCGACCCCUAGCCUGGGAACCUCCAUAUGCCACAGGAGUGGCCCUAGAAAAGGCAAAAAGACCAAAAAAAAAAAAAAAAAAUCAGGGACUGCCAAAGUUUCCUGAUGGCACUGCAUGGAUGUCUUAACAUUCCCUCCUGAAAGGCUGAGACAGAGGAAUUCUGCAUUUUCCCAGUUUAGCCUCUAAGGAAGCCUAGCUCUGGGGUGGAAGGAAAGGAAAUUAACAUUUAGGGAAGAGAUGGUGAAGAUAACUAGUGGGUGGCAGGAGAGAUCUGGGUUAGUGCCUGUUAAAUAGUGUCAGCGUCUUGGAAAGAAAGUGCAGAAAUGAUUCACUAGGAGAGCUCUCAGAAGAGCUGACUCAUAGAAGAAAGGUGUCUGAAAAAUAAGAACCUCCAGUAGAAUAACUUGCCUUUUUAAUAGUUUUGACCACUCUGAUAGUCAAAUUCAUUUGAUGACAAGAAUGCCAAACCUAAAAUAGCCCUUCAAGGACUCUAAAGCAAAUGUCCACAGAUCACCAUUGGUAGAGCAAAACAUUUCUUACUAUUAAAAGGGCAGCAGGCUACAAGAAAGAAAAAGUAGUACUGAAUAUGGUGAUGAAAGCCAUUUCUAAAAUGGGAAUCAGGUGCUUAAAGGGAAAAGGUUGAUCCAGGAUUCUGUCCCAUUUCUCUGAUUUUCAUCUCUACAUCUACAUCUCAUAUAGCACAAAUGCCAUUUUCUUCCAAAAUCCUUUAAGAAAUAGGGGUUUACCCUUGAGUGAAAGUUUCAUCUUGAGUUUUUUCCUCCUCUAAAAAAAGUUGGGCCAUAAGAAACAUCAAGGAAGUAAUGUAAAGAAUACCUGCUAUUAGUUUAAGAAGGCUAGCAUAUUCAGAAUGCUUCUUAUACUACACUGCCUCAUUGUAACAUAUAAUUCCUUACUUCACUUCUUUAUUCUUCUGAUAGUGUGGUAUCCAGGCAACAGAGCACUUCUGCUAUGUAAUUCUGAGAUUUCCCAUUCCUAGAGUACCUGAGCCAACGACUAGGCUUUGGUGGCUCCAGCUGUACCAUCACUUGCACUUUGCUCUUAGCAUUAUUUAUUACCUCUGAGCCUAAGGAUUUCUGCCUAUACCUCCAAAAGCCAGAAUCAGUCCCCUUUGCACGAAAAGGUUUAGAUUAUUUGAACAUGUUAGUUAUUAGGAAACUAAAAUGCCACUGAAUAUCCAGAUUAUUUUGGAAAUCAGUUCACACAGGAAAUCUACAAAAAUGUCACAAAACAACCUGAAAUCUGAGAAAUUCUAGGAAUCCAAGAUUCUGGGAGAUAAGGUGCUAAAGUCUCAGCCAUGACAGUGCCCUUCUCCUUCAGUCAGGCUUUUGGGUUCAGAUACACAGGUGUGAAGAUAAAGUCUGAGCCACUACUGGUUUCAAACUGUAUUCUAUUAACUUUGCAAGUCAAAUAAUAUGAUCUUUAAUAUAAAACAGAAAAGGAUAAAUCAUGUAAGAAAAAGUGUUUGUAGGAAGAGAUACAGAUGAAAUGAUGAGGAUGUUUAGAGAAUAACCAUUCAAUAAAAUAUGAACACUAAACUUACAAUUGUAAAAUAA